GGAUGGGCCCCAAGCGGCGGCAGCUGACGUUCCGGGAGAAGUCACGGAUCAUCCAGGAGGUGGAGGAGAACCCGGACCUGCGCAAGGGCGAGAUCGCGCGGCGCUUCAACAUCCCGCCGUCCACGCUGAGCACCAUCCUGAAGAACAAGCGCGCCAUCCUGGCGUCGGAGCGCAAGUACGGUGUGGCUUCCACCUGUCGCAAGACCAACAAGCUGUCCCCCUACGACAAGCUCGAAGGGCUGCUCAUUGCCUGGUUCCAGCAGAUCCGUGCCGCUGGCCUGCCCGUGAAGGGCAUCAUCCUCAAGGAGAAGGCGCUGCGGAUAGCCGAGGAGCUGGGCAUGGACGACUUCACCGCCUCCAACGGCUGGCUGGACCGCUUCCGCCGGCGUCACGGAGUAGUGUCCUGUAGCGGCGUGGCCCGCGCCCGGUCUCGCAGCACUGCUUCCCGGGCCCCAGCAGCGCCCGCCAGCCCACCUGCGGUGCCCUCGGAGGGCAACGGCGGGGGUACAACGGGCUGGCGCGCUCGGGAGGAGCAGCCGCCAUCGGUGGCCGAAGGCUAUGCCUCUCAGGACGUGUUCAGCGCCACUGAGACCAGUCUAUGGUACGACUUUCUGCCCGAUCAGGCCGCGGGGCUGUGCGGCAGCGAUGGACGGGCGCGCAGGGCCACCCAGCGCCUCAGUGUCUUGCUGUGCGCCAACGCCGACGGCAGCGAGAAGCUGCCCCCACUUGUGGCAGGCAAGUCAGCCAAGCCCCGUGCAGGACAAACCGGACUGCCCUGUGACUACACCGCCAACUCUAAGGGUGGUGUCACCACUCAAGCCCUGGCCAAGUACCUGAAGGCCCUAGACACCCGCAUGGCUUCAGAGUCUCGCCGAGUCCUGCUGCUAGCUGGCCGCCUGGCUGCCCAGUCCCUGGAUACAUCGGGCCUGCGGCAUGUACAGCUGGCCUUCUUCCCGCCGGGCACCGUGCAGCCGCUGGAGCGGGGAGUGGUCCAACAGGUGAAAGGCCACUACCGCCAGGCUAUGCUGCUCAAGGCCAUGGCCGCUCUAGAGGGCCAGGAUCGCUCAGGCCUGCAGCUGGGUCUCAUGGAGGCCCUGCACUUCGUGGCUGCAGCCUGGCAGGCAGUGGAGCCUUCGGACAUAGCUACCUGCUUUCGGGAGGCUGGCUUUGGGGGUGGCCCAAAUGCUACCAUCACCACUGCCCUCAAGAGCGAGGGGGAGGAGGAGGAGGAGGAGGAAGAAGAAGAAGAAGAAGAGGAGGAGGAGGAGGAGGAAGAGGAGGAGGAGGGUGAUGGGGAGAGGGAAGAGGAGGCGGAGGAGGAAGGCGAAGAAGAAGAGGAGGAAGGGGGGGAAGGAGAGGAGUUGGGGGAGGAAGAGGAGGUGGAAGAGGAGGGUGACGAUGACAGUGAUGAAGAGGAGGAGGAAGAGGAGGAGGAGAGUUCCUCAGAGGGCUUGGAGGCGGAGGACUGGGCCCAGGGGGUGGUGGAGGCUGGUGGCAGCUUCGGGGGCUAUGGUGCCCAGGAGGAAGCCCAGUGCCCCACCCUCCAUUUCCUGGAAGGUGAAGAGGACUCUGAGUCGGACAGUGAGGAAGAGGAGGAUGAUGAGGAUGACGAAGAUGACGAAGAUGAUGAUGAGGAUGGCGACGAGGUGCCCGUACCCAGCUUUGGGGAAGCCAUGGCUUACUUUGCUAUGGUCAAGAGGUACCUGACCUCCUUCCCCAUUGAUGACCGCGUGCAGAGCCACAUCCUUCACUUGGAACAUGAUCUGGUCCACGUGACCAGGAAGAACCAUGCCAGGCAGGCAGGAGUUCGGGGUCUUGGACAUCAAAGCUGAGCCAAUAGGCCUAGCCAUGCCCUUGACCCAGAUGUGGCAGCACUAACCCAGGGCAAAGGACUCUUUGGGUGGGCAGCCGCUGUGUAUGGAGUCAGAGUGGGGAGCCCCAGAUUCUUUAAUGAUGUUCCCCGGGCCCUGUGACAGGCCCAGUCACCUUGGUAGGGCCUGGGGCUGGGGUCAGCCUCACUGCCUGCUUAUUGCCUCUUUCUCAGAGUCCUCUUUCCUCCCCAUUUGUCCCUGGGCUUGGGGGACCAGAUGGGAGGGUGGGGAGCUGUCCGGUGCUACCACACCAUGCCAUCAGUGGACUAGGCCAUAGUAGCGGCCAGGGGUGGGCCCUGGAAGCUCCUGGCCGGAGAGUGCCUCUCCCCUCUGCCGUCCACACCAGGUCUUUGGUGGGGGGGACCCCAAAGCCAUUCUGGGAAGGGCUUCAGAGGAAGGUCCAGCCUAAGCCCCCACGAGGCUGGCAGCCCCCCAUCCCCACCCCCAGGCUGCCUUGAGAAGCACAGUCUAACUCACCACAGGCUCCUGAGCCUGCCUCUGCCUGCUUUCCCACCUCCCUAAUCCCUUUCUCUGGCCCAGUCCAUGUUACUUUGGCCCUUGGUUUUCUUUCCAGAUUGGAGGUUCCCAAGAGGCCCUCCAGGGGAGUUAUAAUGGGCGUUUCCUUUGUGGGCAGCUGCAGGCCCCAUGCCUCUCCUCCCUCUCUGGCAGGGUUUUAUCCUGGGUGGGGGGCCUGGGGCCGCUCCUUUCCCAGUUUGAAUUCAAUAAAUCUGUCCACCCCCCUUUUGUGGGGGUGAACAUUUUAACAGCCAA